AUGUCUGAUCUCAGCCAAGUCGUCGUGGACUCUCCUGACGGCUCAGACAUCUACAAGAAUGUGUUCUGCAACCCUGCCUAUGAGCUGGUGGGGGAGCAUGAAGAGCACGAGGAGGGAUUUCGAGGGACAUUGUCCACCCCUGAGUUAUUGAAACCACAAACAACUGGCCGAGGUUGGGGUAUUUUCGUGGUGUGCUUUCUGCCACUGCGGCAUCACCGUGGUCGGGGUAAAGGGAUUUGUGCUGCUGCCUUGCUGCUGGUCGCAGCUCUUGGUCUGACACUGGCUCUCAUCCUCACACAGGUUAAAGGUGACGAGGGCGAAGAGCAGCUGUUGUCCUCCAGCCCUACUAACAUGCUGAAUGCAGGAGGACGAGAGAUGGCCACAAGUCCUGCAAUCAGCAUCCAACAGGGCAGUACGGCUACUCCCCCCACGACUGAAACACGUUGUGGCGGAGUUUUAACCGACUCAGAAGGUUUUUUCAGCUCACCAAAUCACCCCGGCUCCUACCCGCCCAACACGCUUUGUGUGUGGGUGAUCCAAGCCACGCCCCCUCUCCUGGUCCAGAUCCAUGUGUCCUCGCUGAACGUGGAGGGCCCAUCGCCAUGUCUGUUUGACUGGCUGGAGGUGCAGGAGCAUGGAGAGCACAGCUCUUGGGCAACCAGGUUAUGUGGUGUUGUAGCUCCAGCAACCUUCAACUCAAACAGCAGCACAGUGUGGGUGACCUUCCGCUCUGAUGGAAGCAUUACAGGCAGCGGCUUCACAGCGCAGUACAGGACUAUACUGCCUGGACACAAAAGUUGCUCCAGAGAAGAGUUCAUGUGUGACAGUGGCCGCUGUCUGCUGCCUGUGUCGGUGUGUGACGGCCAUCCAAACUGCCAGGACCAACAGGAUGAGGCGAACUGCAGCCAAAAACACAAAGAUUGCGGCGGGCAGAAGACCGGGCCGUAUGGAUUCCUGGCCAGUCCAAAUCACCCGAGGCCUUAUCCUCACCAGCAGUUUUGUGUAUGGCACAUAUCUGUUGAGGAGGGCCACGUUAUCAUGCUCAGCUUCAAAAACUUCAGCCUGGAGAUUCAGGAUGUGUGCGAGUUUGACUAUGUGGAGGUUUAUGACAGCAGCAACACGGGAGCGGAGAAAGUUCUGGGAAGGUUUUGUGGCACCACCCUCCCCCCAGACCUGACCUCAUCCGGUCACGACAUGACUGUGUUGUUCGUGGCAGAUGAGGGAGUGGCCGACAGUGGUUUCAACGCAACAUAUCGGUCUGUCUCCGUACUGGAAAGGACAUGUGGUCCAAGUCAGUUUGCGUGCAGCACCGGUGAGUGUCUUCAUCCGCAGUGGUUGUGUGACGGCUGGAACGAUUGUUCAGACGGAGCAGAUGAACAAGAUUGUGGCAACUCCACCUACCCUUCCUUCACUUCAGCAUGUGAGUCCAUAGAGGUGGAGAUGUGUCAAGGUCUCAGCUACAAUCUCACCUCCUUCCCCAACAUCUGGCUCUCCAUCGUCGAUCAGACAGAGGCUGCCACACUUCUGCGACAGUACAGGGUUCUGAUGGAACUAGCCUGCUUCGAGCCCUUGCGGAGACUCGUUUGUGGGAUGUUCCUGCCACAGUGCAGCCCUCAGGGAGGCAUUCUCCAGCCCUGCCGCUCAGUCUGUUCCUCAGCGGAACAACAGUGCAGCCAAGCUCUGGACCUUUUCUCCUUCAGCUGGCCCUUUAACUGCCACCUCCUGCCUGACUCACAUGACCCCGUGGAGUGCUCGCAGCCUUGA